AUGCUAAUGUUAUCGGCCCUUUCAGCUCUGUGCUUUUGUCUCGGCAUCGUAUCCGCCAAAUCACACCCAACUGUCUAUAUAAUUCGACACGGCGAGAAACCUCAGGAUCCGAACGACUAUCGUUUAAGCCCAGACGGGGUCAAGCGGGCACAGUGUCUCAGAAGUGUUUUCGGUCAAGGCUCGGAGUACGACAUCGGGUAUAUCAUGGCACCUCGUGUGAAACGAGAUGGCGAGCAUGGACGUUCGUUUGAAACCGUUCUACCCCUCGCCAAUGAUCUAGGCCUCACAGUUGACACACACUGCAAGCGGAACCAAGUGAAAUGUGUGGCAGAGGCGAUCAGGUCGUAUGAUGGACCGGGCAACAUUUUGAUUGCAUGGCGGCACUCGAGGAUGGGUGGGAUUGAGGAGGAGCUUGGUGCUUUUGAGCCUAUUAAAUAUCCGGAUGAACGAUUCGACCUCAUUUGGAUAGAUCCUUGGCCGUAUGGAAAUGUGACGAGCAUCAAAAGCGAGGGAUGCCCUGGGCUGGAUGUUAGGACUGGCCUCAAAAAGAUCAUGGAUGAUAUCGAGGAACGGCUGCGCAGCCAUGCGCAGGCAUUUGACGGUCUGCUGUCUUUGAUCCCCGCCAAAUACUAUUAUGGUGAAGAAGAUACAAGUGAUCAAUGGCAACGCAAAAAGCAAACCAAAGAACAAGCACGCGAGGCAAAGCGGGCGAAGUUGAACCCCGAAGCCGCUAAGACUGCCAAAGACGUGAUGGAUGAAAACGCACGCAAGCGAAAGCGUGAGGACGGCACCAUCGAGUCCGACUCGUCCGACGGAGAGAUGGGCACAGAGAAGCCUAGAGAAGGACUUCAGCGUGGAACCACCAACAUCAAGAAGCAAAAGCAGGUUGAAAAGACUGAUAAGCCAGAUGCCGCCAAGGCAGCAGAGGCCGAGGCACGGAAAAAGCAAAAGGAAGAAAAGAAGGCCCAGAAGAAGGCCGCCCAAAUGGAGAAAAAGAGGGCCAAGGAUGCUGCCCGCAAGGAGAAGUCUCAGCAGAGCAAAAAGCCAUCGACCACCCCAACUGAGGAUUCGGAAAAAUCUGCACCCAAGCCUAACGGCAGUGCAGCCAAGGACACCGAAGCAUCCGAGAAUGAAGAAGACGACGACCAAGAAGACGACGAUCAAGAAGAUGACGGUGUUGUCGAGGAAGGGUUCUCUGUUGAGUUUAACGUUGAAGAGGAAACCCCUUCUUCUGCCCCGUCUACCACCGACUCUCCUACUUUCGAUGCCUCAAAUCCCCAAUCCGGCACCUCCUCCACUUCCUCCAUUGUUCCUCCCUCCGCCUCCACCGAAGCCAAAUCCUCAGAGCCCAAACCUCUUAAGCACACACCCGAAGAGCUAAAGCAGCGCCUACAGAAGCGUCUGGACGAGCUUCGGGCUAAGCGCCACGCAGAUGGACUCAACGGCAAGCCUGCACGCAACCGCCAAGAGCUUAUUGAAGCCCGCCGGCAAAAGGCUGAGCAAAGAAAAGCACACAAGAGAGAACUGCGUGAAAAGGCCAAGAUUGAGGAAGAAAAGAAGACCGACGAGGCCAUGGCCCGCCGCUUCUCUCCCGGGGGCUCUGGAUCUCUCCUGGCAUCUCCCCGCUCCCCUGCCGAGUCCGUCAGCUCCGCCAGCAACAACUUCUCUUUCGGUCGUGUGAUGUUCGCAGACGGCCAGCAGACUGACGCCACCGGAACCACCGUGCGCGAUAAGCCGAAGACCAGCGGUGCCCGUGACCCGGCUUCCCAGCUCAAGGUUGCCGAGGCCAAGAAAGCCCGUCUCGAAGCGAUGGACCCUGAGAAGCGUGCCGACGUUGAAGAAAAGGAUCUCUGGUUGAAUGCCAAGAAGCGUGCUCACGGCGAGCGUGUCCGCGAUGAUACCUCUCUGCUAAAGAAGGCCCUCAAGCGCAAGGAGACAGCAAAGAAGAAGUCUGAGCGCGAAUGGGGUGACCGUAUGGACGCCGUCGCCAAAUUCAGAGGAGAGCGUCAGAACAAGCGCGAGGAGAACCUUCGCAAGCGUCGGGACGAGAAAGGUGUCAAGGGCAAGAAGAAGUCCAGCAGCGGUGGAAAGAAGAAGGCUGCUCGUCCUGGAUUCGAGGGCAGCUUCAAGGGUGGCGGCAAGAAGAAAUAA